AGGAUUGGCUCGGUAGUGCCGCAGCCCGCCCCCUCCUUCCCGCGUCCCCUCCCCGCCAGCUUCGCUCCCUCGCUCCCGUGGCACCGGGGCGUCAGGCACCCAAAGAGCAGCCUGGGGAGCCAAGCUUGGGGGGACGGGCGUGGGAAAAGGGGGGCGCACCUCCCCUUCCCCGCUGGGACGCAGCGCCGGUUGUCCUCACAGCCAACUUGGAGGGACGCACGGAGAGCGUCUCCCAACUUUUCGGCCGGAGGAAGAGACAAAAAAAAAAAAAGAGUGGCCAAAAAAAGAGGAAAUCAAGAAGCUCUCCCAGCCACCCUGCAGCUCCUGGCACCCACCUGUGCAGCAGUUCCCAACAUCAGAUCAGCUUCCAGCAGCAUCUGGGAUGGCCACAGACCCUCCUGGGGACACCUACUUGCCAUGACCAUCGUCAUCACCGGGUGAGAAAGUUUCCUGAAGAACUCACUUCUGCCAAGGCCACCAACUGCUGGGACAUCCCCACGCUGGGUGACUUCAUGAACGUAACGUAGAGCAGGGACGCAGGGGCAGGCAGCAUUGCCACCAGAUCAAAACCAAGGCAAGGCGAUUCGCACCUCCUGGUGAUGGGGAUGUGACACGCCAUCCCGUUGCUGGAAACUGGUUUUGGGUUCUUUGGAAGGUGUGGAACAAGGAGGAUCAAGAUGAGCCUGGGGAAGCUGCCAGUGCUCAGCUGGGUGUCGGGCUCCCAUGGCAAGCGGCGGCUGAAGUCGGAGCUGACACCAGACAUGAUCAGCCCACCGCUGGGAGACUUUCGGCACACCAUGCAUGUGGGACGUGGCGGGGAUGUCUUUGGGGACACCUCCUUCCUCAGCAACCAUGGCGGGGCUGAGCCAGCCAAGGCCAACAACUUUUUUGCCCGCACACUGCGUCAUGUCCGACGGACACCACAGAGGAGACGGGGCAGCGGGAGCCAGGCAGGAGCAUCACCCGAACCCCCGGCCAUCUCGCCCAUCAUCAAGAAUGCUGUGUCGCUGCCACAGCUCAAUGAGACAGCAUAUGACAGCGAUGGCGGUUUGACCAGCAAGUACUCCUUCAAGAAUGCCUCAAACAGACUCUCCAAAGCACACCAGACCUACGGGCUAGAGUCUGGGUUUUGCACCAUCCCUCGUGUCCCUCGCCUGGAAAAGGCUCAGGAGAGCACCUUCCCUGGGGAAGAAGAGCUGGAUCGCUCAGACUCCCUGCUCUCUUUCCGCCUGGACCUGGGGCCCUCUCUCAUGAGCGAGCUCCUCCAGGCAAUGAGCUUCUCUGAAACCAAUGGGAAUCAGGUAGCAGAGGAUGGCCAAGACCCACCUGGCAGCUGUGUGCUCCCACAUAGUGAGGGAACCAAGGACGGAGACCCUCCAGGACCAGACACAUCCCAUGGAGAGCUGAAGGCAAAACCCAGCUUCUGGGACCACUCCGGGCAGGCCGGCUCACUUCUGGGACUGUCCAUCCGUGCCAAUGGACAGGCACAUGGCAUUGAGCAGCCCAGAGAGGAUCCAGCACAGGCCUCGGCACCAGGGGCAGUGCCCGGAGGGACCCUAUGGCAGGGGCACUGGAAUGACUGCUCCAUUGAGGCAGGAGAGUUCGAGCGGGCAGCCCAGGUCCUGGCUCGCCAUUAUGGGGGGACAAGCACCCCACGCAGCUCAGAGAAGGGUGAGGGUGCCCGGCAAGUCUGGACACGGGCUGCCUGGGAGAGCCCCAGCAGCAAAUCGUGGCAGCCACAAGUAACAGCAGCCAGACCGUCCCCGGAGGACACCUGGGACCAAGGAGAGGAGGAGGACGAGGAAGACGAGCUCCCCAGCCUGCAAGAGGGGUACGUUGGCACCCGGGGGGGCCGCAGCAAUUCUUUCGAGUAUGCCGACGAGGAGGAGGACGAUGAAGUCAAGGUGUGAAUGGCCAUCCCAUCAUCACAGCCCCACUUCCAAAGACAUCAGUGCGGUGGUCAUCACCUUCCUUCUUAUCCCCCACCUCUGGUGGCAGACCCAGCAGGCAACUUCCUGGCCUUCACCUUAGGGCAGCAGAGUGCAAGGCGGGCAGGAGGGGGCCCCAUUUCCCACAGGGCCCCCAGGUCUGGCAGGGUGCUGCAAGGAGGGGUGAGGGCUGUGCACUGCACUGUGCCAAGCUACAGCCCUUCUCUUUCCCUAUUAGAUGCCAAACAAACAUUCCCAUGUGCCAAAGAAACCCUCGAGCCCCUUCCCACCCCAGCCCACAUCCCCCCACAAGCAAACGAUUUGCUCAGGAAAGGAAGAAGUAGUGAUAAGCAGGGAUCAGAGAGAGCCCACAGACACUGAGCUCGAUCCCUUGGUGCAAAACCCUGCCCUGAGAAGGUAGGGGUGACCAUGGAGGUGGCAGUGGCAGCCAUGGAGGUGGCAGUGGCUGCACCAGGCACCCAGCCAGCAUUCCUCUUGCGGUACCUUCCCCUUGCCUCCUGCUGCUGAACAUCACUGAGGAAGUCUCUUUGUCCUUGCAGGGAGUCCCCUUGCAGCAGGGAGGGGGAGAAACUUUGUGGUUUGCCAGAGGUGAGACUGUCUGGGCACCAAAUACUGCCUUAAGAACUCCCUUCCCCUUCAACCCACCUCACAACAAGGAGACUCCCUCUCUGCAGCCAUUAUUCCCCACCCUUGUCCCUCUACCCAUUCCCCCCCAAACACCCCUCUUUGCAGAGUGCCUUGUCCCAAGGACACACACGGAGGAUGCUGAGUGCCCCUCUCUGAGCAUCCCCGGGUGAUGCAGCCACCCUGGGACAAGCGGUCUCCACGAUGCCUAGCACAGAAGCGCCUUUGUGCCGUGGUGUGGAGCCAAGAUGUUCGGGGGCUGAGGUCACCAGAAGGACCCUCACAGCACCCUCCUUGUUCUCCGGGACAGACGGGGGUGUACAGUGGGGGGAGAUGCCAUUGGGCUGCGCUCCUACGUGGCUCACCCGCCGCCUAGUCCUUUUGCAGAAUAAAGAGGCUCCAGCGUGCGCGUGCUAUACGUGGGAGCCAGGCAGUCAUUGCAGGCAGGUUAAGGGCAAGCCCUCCUCCCUCAGCCCCCCCCAGAGCAGUGCCAACACGUUCCCAGCUCCAACCAUCAGCACUCAGCAGGGCCAUGCAGGGUCAGCAUCCAGCCCGUGCCAGGGAGAUGGCUCUCAGGAUGAGCUCCCCCUGUUCUCUGCUUCUUGGACUGUGGCACAAGCUCCAGACCAAAGACCUACGUCUGUGAAACAGCCUUUCUGCCCCCACUCUGUACCCCGUGCACUUACUGUCCUUAUUAAAGCAGUUUUGAUACUAA